AUACCGUGUGUUGGUAGAAGUAACUUAUUUGAUAUUGUUUCAAGUUCUGUUUGAGUUCCUUUUGAAACAACAAACCAGUGGUACUUCAUUAUGGCUGGAAGAGGUCGAGGUCGCGGGCGUGGUCGAGGGUCGUCGUUUGCUGCUGAUGCCCUUGGAUUAGGAAGAGGAGGAGAAUCAUUGCCACCUCCCACUGCUCAGCCGCCACCGCUUUUUCCUCCUCUUGAAUUCUCCCCAGCACCUCUGCCCACAAACGAAGGGGAUAAUUACAUGUACCUCCUUAAACAAGAGUUUAGAGGCUAUAUGAGGGAGUCGCCAUAUUACAUCAAACCUCUCAACAAGAAAAAAGAUAUUGAACGUUAUUCUGACAAGUACCAGGUAGGGUCUGGAGAUAAUGGGAUAGAGUGGCAGCCAGACUGGAAGAGAUUUCCAAAGGAGUUAAAGAUGGUAUCUCGGAAAGCAAGACCACCAAAAUCAAAAAGCUCGGUGAAACCAUCCUUGUCUACCGCCAGAGUUUCAAAGAUUGCUAAUGAAGAAGUCAUUAAGAAAUUAGAUGAGUUGGAAAAGAAAGAAGAUGGUACAAAAUCAGGAGAGGAGGAUGAAGAAGAAGAGGAAGGACAAGGAGAAGAGGAUGAAGAGGAAUAUUAUGAUGAAGAAGAACAAGAAGAGGGUACAGACUACAUUUCCAAUUACUUUGAUCCUGGAGAGGAUUACAUUGAUGAAGAUGAUGGACUGGAUGAUGGACCGACAUACUGAUGUGUUACCAUGGUGAUGUCACAUCGAUUGGAAUCAAUAGAUGCCUGUUGCUCCUCGGAGAAGAUGGAUGACAAGAAUCAUCUUGGUGGUAGGGUAGAGUGCAAUAAUUACCAUUGUGGUAGGAACAGAGGAAUUGACCACAACUAUGUGGUCCAGAGUUCACUCUGCAUAUCUUACCAUCAAACGAUUGCCGCCUAAUGACAACAGGAGGGAUUCUGUGCAAACUCUUCUGUUGGAUUGUGUGAAAUGUACUAAAUUUUUAGUCAUGGAGUGAUAAUAGAAUUCAAAGAUUUCGCUUUUGAAGGAUGGAGUCACCCCAAUUCUAUGAUUGGUGACUUGGGUUGAAAAUGAUGCAGAAAUAUUCCAGUGUCAGAACUGAUGAGAGAUAAUAGGUAGAAAGUAUUCAUCCAAGUACAUGUAUUUGCAUUUGAUGCUCUUCUUAGCUGAGGAAAACACAAAUCGCAGGUGGUGAUUCUCGCAUGAUGAGCAGACUAUCAGGUGUGGCUUGCUAUACCAAAGAUGCCAAGGUCCUG